GUGGGUCACGAAAUUUUCUAUUUGAUUUGCUUCUAUUGAUAGACUUUCUAAAAUGUCUAAAACAGCAUGAAGGUAGAAUGUUAACUAUUGAUUAUAAUUAAAUUAUUUUUGAAACUUACAACUAAUCAAGGCCAAAUAAGGGUAUCAGGCUUGGUAUCAGGUACUUCAACCUUCUUCAAACUGCCUGUAGUUAUUCAUCAUCACCCCAAUGACCUGUGGGCAGUAAGCAUCCAUCUCAUCCACCAUGCACUCUGCCAUUGGCCUGCGGUGGCUGCUGGUGCGCCGGUGUCGGGCGCUGGUCUCCGGUACCGCUCGGGCGGCCUCCACCGCCGCUCCGUCCGGGCGCCGCCGGCUGCCGGCGGACGGCCCGGGCCUGGCCGAGUUCGUGGCCGGCUCAGCAGCGCCGGCCGCCCCGCCGCCAGAGGGCGCCGAGCUGCCGGUGCCGCUGGGCGCCACUGAGCUGGAGCACGGCCUCGGCCGGCGCGUGCUGUUUGUCGUGCACGGCUGCCAGAUGAACGUCAACGAUACGGAGGUGGCGUGGGCCGUGCUGCAGCAGGCCGGCUACCAGCGAGCCGAGAACAUCAGCGAGGCCGACGUGGUCUUCAUCAUGACCUGCUCAAUUCGCGAGGGCGCCGAGACGAAAAUCUGGAACAAACUGGAAAACUACAAGCGCCUGAAGGCGAGCAAGGGUUAUACCGGCUCGCAAUUUAAGGUGGGCGUUCUGGGCUGCAUGGCCGAGCGCCUGCGGCAGCGACUGGUCGAGGCAGACGUCGGCGUAGACCUGGUGGCCGGGCCGGACAGCUACCGCCACCUGCCGCGCCUCCUGGCUCAGCCGGAGGACGCCGGGGCGGCCGUGCACGUGCAGCUCUCCCUGGAGGAAACGUACGCGGACGUACAGCCGGUGCGGCUGGACCCGCACGCGCCGGCCGCCUAUGUGACAAUAAUGCGUGGCUGUGACAACAUGUGCACGUACUGUAUCGUGCCGUUCACUCGCGGCAGAGAGCGGUCCCGUCCCCUGGACUCUGUAGUGGAGGAGGUGCGACGACUUUCAGAGCAGGGCGUGCGGGAAGUGACGCUGCUAGGACAGAAUGUGAACAGUUACCGGGAUAUGAGUGGCUCACGUAAUAGCGCCAAGGCUACGCGACUGGCGGCCGGCUUCAGCACAGUGUACAGACCUAAAACGGGCGGCACGCGCUUCGCUGACCUACUCUCAGCCGUGGCUGACGUGGACCCAGAGAUGCGUGUGCGAUUUACCUCACCACACCCCAAAGACUUUCCGGACGAGGUGUUGCGGGUGAUCGCCGAGCGACCAAAUGUGUGCAGCUGUCUGCACCUGCCGGCUCAGUCGGGAAGCUCGAGAGUGCUGGCGGACAUGCGGCGAGGCUAUACGCGUGAGGCGUACCUGGAGCUGGUGCGCCAUGUCCGCCGCAUGGUGCCCGGCGUGGCGCUGACUUCCGACUUCAUCGCCGGUUUCUGUGGCGAGACAGAGGCCGACUUUGAAGAGACACUGAGUCUGAUGCGCGAAGUGGGCUACCAGUACUGCUUCCUGUUCGCCUACAGCCGGCGGGAGAAGACUCGCGCUCACCACCGCCUGGUCGACGACGUGCCUCCCGCCGAGAAGCAGCGUCGUGUGGCCGAGAUGGCGCGCCUGUACCGAGCCAUGGCGCAGCAGCUGAACACGCGCCAGGUGGGGAGCACUCAGCUGGUCCUGCUCGAGCGGCCCAGCCCGCGCUCACCCGACUCCCUGCUCGGCAGGAACGACGCCAAUGUGAAGGUGAUCGUUCCUCGCCGGUGGGCGGGCGCGCCGCUGGCCGCCGGUCAGUAUGUGGCAGUCGAGGUGACUGGCGCCAGCUCGGAGGUGCUCCACGGCCGGCCGCUGGAGCGGACCACCCUACAGGAGUUUGCCCGGCAGCAUGACCCGCCGUCGGCGCCCAACGAGCUGCUCGGGGAUGAUCCGGAGGCGAGCCAGUGUGUAGUAUGACAGGGCGAAGAGUUGUGUGCUGGAAUGUCCGCUCCUCAGCACCGGGCUAGGUUUCUUGUUAUGUAAUGCCUAAGUCUGUCCGUCCUCGCCAGACGAGAAGAGAAACCCGGUAUAGGGUGCGCCUUUUUACAACCCUUGUUACAAGCGAUCGUUUUGUUCUAAUGCCGGUCUGUUAUGAUAACAUGGUUCAUCAGUCGUCCCAUCGAACGUCAUACAGGCUGGCAUCAGACCAUUAAUUCCUAGUCAAACGAAACACCUGCGUUUUCGAGUCACGAGUGUAUUUGGCAUGACGGGCGCGGUGCGGACGAUGUGAACAUGAUGGUGUACAGUA